AAUGACAUUUCGAGCUGCAUUUUAAAAACAAACCAAGAAGAAAGAGGUUAGAAAAAUGUUUAGAAAAUUAAGAUACUCUAAUAUUUCAUGUUUUUACUCGAAUUAUACCACUAGAGUUGCCAUCGAUCCUACAUUAAAGGAGAACUUUGAUUCAAAGGAAUUCAAACCUCGAAAACAUCCUGGCACAAAUCGGGUUAAGAUCGCCACUGUGCCACUCGACAUUCAAAAAGCAAUAAAAAUUAUCCUUGAAGAUAAUGGAGCCAAAGCCAUGUACCAGGAAGGAGUGAACUUGAGCAACUACCUACGCUCCCGUAAACUGCCUCCAGAAGAAGGUGAAAUCGACGAAAAAGCAGCGAAAAUUCACCAAACGAUAUCACAACGAACCUUUUCAAAAAUUAACAAAGAACUAACGCCUUCUGAACUCGAGAAUCUUAAUAAAACUGUACAAAAUAAAGUGUUUAAUAUAUUGAAGAAAAAUGUGUACCGAUGGGGCAAUGUAAAUUAUGACAAAGCUACCUGUCUCCAAUACUUAAUGGUGAGAGCUGCUCCCGAGUAUGCUAUCCUGGUACGUGUUUUGGAUGAAAUAAGUAAACUCAACCCUGAUUACAAGCCGCGAAGCUUCUUCGACUUUGGUUCAGGAGUGGGGACAGGGACAUGGGCUGUGAACACAUAUUGGAAGAAUGAAAUAUAUGAAUAUUUUUGUGUGGACACUUCUUCAGACAUGCAUGACUUGUCCCGACUCAUACUGUGCAAAGGCAAAGAUAAUGUAGAGAUGCCAUAUAAAGGUUAUUUCCAACGACAAUUCCUUCCAGCAUCCUCAGAUCUCAAAUACAGUAUAGUAUUAUCAGCAUACUCAUUAUUUGAGUUGCCAAGCAUGAAGUCUAGGUUGGAGACCGUGCAGAAACUAUGGAACAAAACAGAAGACUACUUGAUAAUUAUUGAACACGGCAGUAAUGCAGGUUUUCAAAUUGUGAACGAAGCAAGGGAAUUUGUUCUAAACUUACCAGAGGGAAGUAACAAAGGCUAUGCAUACUCUCCUUGCCCGAAUGACAAUGUCUGUCCAAGGUAUAUGGAGCAUGAGACACCGUGCAACUUCCUUAUGAAGUACGAAUCACUGCCAUUUCCCUCCAAAAGUGAUAUUUCUGCAGAACUAUUCUCAUAUGUGAUCUUGAAGAAAGGUACUCGACCGCCAGACGAUCCACAGUGGCCGAGAAUAGUCAGAGCUCCUAUAGUAAGGUCUGGCCACACUAUUUGUAGAUUGUGUACUGCGCAGGGAGAAUUGAAGGAAAUUAUAUUUUCAAAGGCCAAAUUUGAUCAAACCACAUACAGAUGCGCGCGAUCAAGUAAUUGGGGAGAUGUAUUACCCGUUAAAUAAAAGUAUUGUAUAGUUAA